AGAAACAGCUGUACAAUUUCGACUGAGAUUAACAUACUUUAUGUAAAUGGCUGAACAGUUUAAUGAGCUUGAUAAGUUAAGAGAGACACUGCGCGUGAGUCAUGAAACCGCUGACAAACACCUGGAGGACGUCAGCAGACAGGAUGUUUUGACACGCAUUGAGAGGAUCAUUCAGACUGUAGUCAGUAGUGUGUCUAAAGAUGAGGCACCAGUGCUGCGUGUGAUCAAUAGAUCCAACUGGGCCAAUGUCAGAUUUCAUAAGUCUGUUGGUUUGAUACUGCAGCCAGAUGCCUCUGUAAAAGCUCACCGAUGUGACUGUCCUUCAUCAGCCAACAAGUUUGCACUGAUUUUAAAGCUCUUGUCUGUUAUUUACAAACUUGUGCAGAGUGACUCCUAUGCUACUAAAAGAGACAUAUACUAUAAUGAUCCACAGCUGUUUGGGUCACAGAGGACAGUGGAUUCAAUCGUGGACGACAUUUCUUGCAUGCUCAAGGUUCCUCGCAGGAGUCUGCAUGUUCUUGCGACAUCCAAAGGCUUUAUCUCAGGUGAUCUUUGUUAUUUGGAGGAAGAUGGCACAAAGGUAGACUGCAGUUCCAGCACUACAGCUACCCCUGUGUCUUCCAAUGUUAGUGGAAUAAGAAACAUUGUAUCAGCUGCUAAAUGCAUCCUGAUAGUGGAGAAAGAUGCAACUUUCCAGAGACUCCUUGACGAUGACUUUUGCAUCAGACUGUCUCCGUGCAUCAUCAUAACUGGCAAAGGAAUGCCCGAUGUGAAUAGCAGAUUGAUGGUGAGAAAACUAUGGGACACACUACACAUCCCAGUCUUUGCCCUGGUGGAUGCAGACCCUCAUGGCAUCGAAAUCAUGUGCAUCUACAAGUAUGGCUCGGUGUCAAUGGCCUUCGAGGCCCACAGUCUGACUGUCCCCAGUGUGCUGUGGUUGGGCCUCCUGCCUUCAGACAUCCAGAGGUACAGGGUGCCAGAGGAAGCUCUUAUUCCAUUUUCUCAGACAGAUGAGAGGAAAAUCAACAGCUUGAGGAGCAGAGACUACAUCACCUGCCAACCUGCUUGGGAGAGAGAGAUAGAAGCAAUGCAGAGACUGAAGUGGAAAGCAGAGAUACAGUCCCUGGCAUCUAUUGCCCCUUAUUUCCUCACUAGAGUCUACCUACCAAAUAAACUGCGUUAUGGAGGCUGGAUAUGAACUUAUGCUGCCAUCUAUUGGACUAUAAUCUGUACUGCAGCUUUAGCGCUUUAACUAUUAUUGGUCAUUUGUGUUCUGGAUACAUUUAUUGUUAACAGUGUAGGUAGAUCUAAUGUUACAGUUUUUUCUUACUGAAUAUUGGCUCAGCUGUUAUUUUUGAUUAUUCUCACUUUAGAUAUUGAGUAAUGAGUUUGAAUAUCUCUUUUGACAUACUUUAUAAGAGUUACGACGUUAAAACUGUUUUGGAACAUGACAUAUUUAGGCCUAGGUAAAUUCUGAAUAUUUGUGUAAUGGAUUGGAAUAAAUUAACCCCGCAGUGUUUUCAUAUACGAUCCAUUGUGAGCCUUCAACUUGUUCAUUUAAUCAUUUAAAAGUUAAAAACUUUAUUAUUUAAAAUAUACAUUAAAAUUGUAGUAGCAUCGUACAAUGUUGUUUUAAAAUCAGAUGUUUCAUUAAAAUAAUGUUAGAUAUGUUAAUUGAGUCAUAAAUUCUUUGUUUUUACAUUUUAAAUUCAAAAAUUAAAAUGCCUGUGAUUGUUAAACGGAAAAAAAACAAAAGUGUUUGGUACAUCGGGGCUAAAGGCACACCUUAAGGAGAAUUUGCUUCUUUUUCUGGUACCUGGUUUUCUGGUCAUCGGAAUUCAAGACGUGUUUAUUUUUUUUGAUGAAGCAACAAUUUUUGUGAAAAGAAAUAACAACAGAAGGUCAUUUUGAAUAAAAUUCUAAAGGGAGCGAGGGGGCCUUUUACAUCACAGCUGGGUAAAAGGCCCCCAAGGGGGGUUUAUAGUGAUUUGUCAAUUUAUGCAAAUAUAUUUGAUAUAGGAAGGUGCUUUUUUCAAAAUAACAUUUUCAGAGAA